AUGGGCAUCAAAGCUCUCAUCAUCGACGGCGUCCGAAAGCGAUACAGCAUCGGCUCCACUGUCAGCACAGUUGUGGGAUGCUCGCUCCGUUUCCUACAGUUUGUUUUCGGCAUCGCAGUCAUCGGCCUGUACGCGCAAGAUCUCAUCAGGCAGCGCAAGGACACUGGAGGAUUUGACCCCAAAUGGACCUACGCCACCUGUCUCGGCACUAUCUCCUCCCUCUCCGCAGUCAUCUAUUUCACCAUUCCCCUCGCCAUGCCUGCCUUUUCCCUCCUCCCCAGUGUUAACCUGCCCACCCUGGUCUACGACAGCAUCGUCAGCAUCCUCUGGCUCACGCUCUUCGGCAUCUUCGGCAAAAUGUACAUGACCAAGCACGCAGCGGAGGGGGACGUGGACACCAUCCGUAUGAAACAUUCGGUCUGGGUGGAUUUGGCCAAUUUGGCGCUGUGGGCUGCCACAGCAGCGUGGGCGGGAGCCAGGUGGUGGAAGUCUGGAAAGGGCCGGAGAGAGGCGGAGAAGGGGAGUGAGAUGGGUGAGGUUUGA